AAGCUUCGCCAACUUCAUUCCGAUACAGGCAUAAGUUUGGGUACAGCCGGCCUUGUUGGAAUGCAAUCCUCAUCCUUAUCAUCUCAUUCGCCCAUUUCAAAUUCAUUCAUGAAUACUGCUAGCACUACUAGAGCGGCACAAAUGGGAGGGUUUUGCUAUAUUUCUGGUCCGAAUCAGCAAAGGCAUUAUGAAACUUUAAAAAGAGAAGGAAUACAGCAAAAUUUUGGCGGAACAUUGAAUAGAUUGUCUACUACACAAGAGGAUAUUUAUGGAUGGCUUUAUACUCCUUGUGGAUAUAAUGCUUAUCGGAAAUAA